AUGGAGCCCUCCCUCGCGAAAUCAACUGAACAUGCGGAAUUCGUCAACAAGCAAUUUCUCAGAGCCGAGGAGCUCUAUGACGCAAACUCGCUGGACGAGUGCGUCAAGAUUCACCGGGAUCUGAUGUUGAAGCAUUACACGGCCCCAGGAUUCGCACCGCUCAAGACUCACAUGAGGCUAUGCGAGCUUGUGUCCGAUUGGAAGUACGCCGACGCUGGUCGUCAAGGGGCUGAGCAUCUCUACGAGUACUGUAGCAAACAUCCUGACCGCUACGAUCCAGGUGUCCUAGCCGAAUUCCGUGCNUCCUCUGGACGCACUCGCAGAGACCUGGGCAAACAAACCAGUCUCGGAGAUGAGUGA